GAAAAAUGUACGCUGUAAUUGGUCGACGCCAUGGAAAAAUUCUAUCCGGUGAUCUGACUCAGGGCAGUGGUAAUUUCUCAGUAAUGGCUAUAUUACCAGUCAUUGAGUCAUUCAAUUUCGCACAAGAGAUACGCAAGCAAACCUCGGGCUUAGCUAGUCCACAAUUGGUGUUCAGUCAUUGGGAGAUAAUCGAUAUUGAUCCAUUUUGGGUACCAACAACCGAGGAGGAGAUUACGCAUUUUGGCGAGAAGGCCGAUUCGGCUAAUCGUGCCAAGGUGUAUAUGGAUAGCGUGCGCCGACGCAAAGGGCUCUAUGUAGACGUGAAAGUCGUGGAGCAUGCGGAGAAGCAGCGUACUCUUUCGAAAAAUAAAUAAACAAAAAUAUUGAUUUUGUAUUGUCAUUUCGAUAAUAUGUGAGUUCUUACAUGUGAAGAGUUUCCAAAAUUUUAUAAUAAAGGCAAAAUCUGCAAAUUGAAAAUUCCUUUCGAAA